AUGAGAUUUUAGCUUAAAUAAGGCUAAAAGCGUAAACUGAAGUUGCUGAUAAGAAAAAAGUUUCAGCUAUAAGAAGAAUCUGAUAUUAACUUGGAUGCUUUGAAUAAAUCUCAAAUGCUUCAUCCUCGAAGAGUUAUUAGAUCAAGCUAAGUUUUCAGAAGAUUUAUUGCUUUUUAUGAAAGCUUUAAUAAGAAAAUGAUAACUAAGGAAAGUUAAGUAAACUCUGCCAAUGCAAAAUCUCAAAAAAUUUAAGUUAAAGAUGAUAUCCUACUAGCAUAUAAGAAAAUCAAAUACUUGCCUGCUAGUUUCAACAAAGUAUUUGUAAAAGUUAAAAAGCCUAAAAUCCAACAAGAAUAUGAGUUUGACUAAUUGAUAAAAACAAAAACAAAAAAGCUUUACUAAUAAAUGAAGAGAGAGCGAGAGGACUAUAAUAAAUUAACUAAACUUAAAGUGCAAAAAAUUACCAAGAACAUAAAAAAGCAAAGUGAACUAUCAAAAUUUACUAAAAAAUAUAAUAAGCAAGCUAAGAAGUAUCUAUCAAUUGUUUAUCAUGCUAAGGAGUAAAAUAAGCAUUUGAAACUGGUACAUGAACUGGAUGUGAUGUUAAAUACUCUAAAUGAUACAGUGUUUCAUGUUCAUUUAUUUCCAGACUAUAAUGAAGUACACCUAACUAAGCUUGAUCUGUUGUAUACAAAUUAGCACUAUUUAUUCAAUGAAUAGAUAUUUGGAAUUGACCUGCCAAAAACAUACGCUUUAAAUUUUGCUAUUGAAAAUAUGCUAAUUCCGUUAUCAUUCUUAUUUCUAGAUAUGAUGAUUAACACCACCGGCCUCACUUACUACAAUCUAUACACAUAGAAUAGCAAUGAUUACUUAAAUCAAAUAAAAGACAAUUAUAUUGCUCUUGUAGUUCUAUUCGGAAUUGCUAUCUUACUUAGACCUUUUGCUAAUUACCAUUUUAUAAUGAGUACCAAAACUUCUAGGUAAAGAUGGCUAUCAAUGCUGAAUUCAAUUUUGGUAUACUUUCUCUAUCAAAUUUUUGUGAGACUAAAUUUUACCAUUAAUUUAAAGGAGUUCUUCUGUUUUGUCUUAUCAAAUUAUUUAGUGGUGUAUGUUCAAGAAUAAAUGGAAUAAAAAUGGCAUUUAAAAUAGGAUAUGCAGAUUAUCCAGGUACUUAAAGGCCACUUAUUCUAGUAAGAUUUCUUUUAAGCCAAGAAAUUUGAGAAUUAAAUGCUUCUUAUUCACGAAGAAUUGGGUCGAGAAGCAUUUAACAAAGUUGUAGAAGAUCUUCUAAUUUCUAAUCAUCCUAAGUAAAUAAAUCAUCUUGCCCCAUCAGUAUUUCCUAUGAGGAAAAAAAUUGAUCCAGACUACUCUAGAUUAACAUCUAUGUGGGGAGGUGGAUAUCCUAGACCUGUCGUUGAGUUCUCAGAAUCUCUAUGGGAUUUUACUGAUGCUGUAAAGCUUAUUAAAGGACCUAAAUCAGAUCUAAUUUUAAAGAAACUUACCUAAUAGUCCAAUCCAGAUAUUGAUUUAGCUGACUUAGUUUAUUUUAAGUAAUAAUCUUGGGAAGAAGAAUACGGAAAAGUUGUUAUAAAUAUGUCAAAGUAUAAAUUAGCUUAGGAUAAUCUAGACUUAAAUAAAUAAAAGUAAUAAAGAGAACUACUAAGACAAAAGGCUUACUACGAGCUCUAAAAGAAACAAGAAGAUGAAGAAAAAAGAAUAAUGCUUUAAAAAACAAAGCUUGAAGACAAAGAUAUAUUAAAAUCCUCUAAGUAUGCAGAGAGUAUGAAGGUGAAUAGAAACUCAGAAAUGAAAUUAUAGGAUCCAGAUGUAGAUAGAAGAACUUUAGACUCUAGAAAUCCUUAAAGUCAUUCUAAGAAUAACUUUAAGGUAGAUGAAGCAGUAGAUCUUAAUUAAUAAAGUUAAAAUAAAUUCCUUAAAAACUAGCAAGACCUCGUAAAGCAAUAAUAGUAAUAACUUGAAAUCGCAAAAAUCAAAGAAUAAAAGCUUUAAUAAGAGCUCUAUACUUAGAAAAAUAUGCUUGAAUAACAGUAAAAAUUGCAGCAGGAAUAAUUCAUGUAAACUCAAAUGUGGAUGAUGGCUUACAGCGCUUAUUAAUAACAGAUGCAAAUGUAGCAAAUGCGUGCUUCCCAAACCUCCUCAUUCGGAAUGUUGUCGACUAUGUAAUCAUAAAUGAGUCAAAGUCAUACUACUAAAAAAUUAAAUCCAAUUUCUGAUUAAAUUGUUGAAGAGGAAGAAGAGUAUGAUGAAGAAGAUUAUGGAGAUGAAGCAGAAGAACAAAAAGUUUAAGACAUAGAUGAUGUUAUUCGUAAUAAAAAAGAAGAGGGAGGUAAAAUUGAUUCUAAUUAAAUUGACUCAACAAUAAACCCUUCUAAUGAUUAAUAGCAACCAGAUAUGAGUUAUGAUUUAAACAUAGCGGAGGAUAAUGACAAUUUAAUUGAUUCAAAGAGAAUGCUUUUAGGUUCAAAGUAAUCUAAUAAAUCAUAAGCUAGUGCAAAGAGUAACUAGUUUAUGAGGGAAAGUAAGAACUCAAUGAGAUCGACUAAAUCUAAAAAAGAUGACAUUGAUGAUAGAAAUACGGUUUAGAAUGAAAUGAAACUUAGGAAUCUAGUUGCUCCAGAGAAUAAAUCUAAUGACAUCAGAGAAGAUGUGUCUCCGAAGUCUAAUAACAAAUCCUAACUCUUAUUUUAUUAGAAAAAUGAUAAAGAAGACUAACUUACUGACAUUGAAGCAGAAGCUGAGGAGGAUAAAAAACAAUGA